GUAAUUUGUCACGAGCCAUCGAUGCGUGUCAUAGAUCAUUUCAAGUCCGUCAACGCACACGAAACAAUCGUAGUUUAUAUCGUACAGAUCAGUGGUGUGUAUUCGCGAAGGUCGUUAAUAAAUAGCAGGUAAGUUAAUAGGUAUAGUUUUCGAGAUCUUCGUUCUAAGUUUGCCGAAAAAAAAGAAAUGUGCGACAACGGGUCCGUGACGAAAAAUAACGUAAAAGAUCCGAAUUUCGGGACCAAACUCGUACACGCCGGGCACAACCCCGCAGAGUGGACCUACAACGAUGUCGUUCCACCGAUUACAAUGAGCACGAUAUUCAAUUCGAGAUCGCCGGGAGUAAUCGAAGGUUUCGAGUACACGAGAUGCGGCAAUCCAAUCCGUUCGGUGUUGGAGAAAUGUCUGAUAGCGCUGGACCACGCCGAGUAUGCGCUGGUCUAUAGCUCCGGCAUGGCGGCCAUCUCGUCCAUGGUCAACCUGUUGGCGCCCGGCGACCACAUGUUGUGCAGCUCCGACGUGUACGGCGGCACGUACCGGCUACUCAACAAGAUGGCCAAGCACGCGGGCAUCUUGUUCGACUUUGUCGACUUUUCCGAUACGGCGACCAUCGUCAAGAGUAUAAGAUCCAAUACGAAGCUCGUUUGGUUUGAGAGUCUGUCGAAUCCUUUAAUGAUCGUGUUGGACGUACAAAAAGUGUCUGAAGUCAUUCACAGGACUCGAGCAGACAUUAUAGUGGCCGUUGAUAAUUCAUUUGUGACCCCCUAUUUUCAGAGACCGUUGGAUCUUGGUGUAGAUGUAAUAAUGUAUUCGUUGAGUAAAUAUAUGAACGGACAUUCCGAUAUAAUUAUGGGGGCACUGGUUACCAACAACAAAGAUUUAUAUGAUAAAUUAUACGUUUUUCAAUACACGUCCGGAAACGUACCGUCGUCGUUCGACUGUUACAUGGUCAACCGCGGGCUGAAGACGCUGCACGUGCGCAUGGAACAGCACAUGAAGAAUGCCACGGCAGUGGCCGGGUACUUAGAAUCGCACCCGAAAGUGCUCAGAGUGAACUACAUGGGCCUGCCCAGUCAUCGGCAACGCGAAAUCAUCGAAAAACAGUUUACCGGCCAUAACGGUAUAGUGUCGUUCUACAUCAACGGCGGCAUCGAAGUGAGCACAAAGCUGUUGGAAUCGCUCAAGCUGUUCUGCAUCACGUGCAGCCUGGGUUGCUACGAAAGCUUGGCCGCUCUACCGAAUAUGCACAUUGUCCCGAUUCCCAAAGAAGCCACAAAAUAUAAUACCGAUAAAGAAAUCUGUAAAAUGACGCACGCUUCGCUCACGGACGAAGAAAGGCAAUCUACGGGCAUUCACGAUAAUCUCAUACGAUUGUCCAUUGGUUUGGAAUACUACCAGGACUUGAUCGACGACUUAGAACAAGCAAUUCAAGCAAGUGGAGCCAAAGAUAAAUGUUAACGAAUAAAACCAAAUUAUCAAUAGAUAUUUUAAAAUAUAAUAUAAAAAUAAUAAUAAUUAUAUUAACCGAUUAACAUUAAUGUAAUUUGACACAAAUAAAAUACUUUUUUAAACUAAAA